AUGGACCCGACUCUCAAGUUCGCCAAGUCGCAUCUCGGCCUCCAUGAAAACAUUAGCCUUGAGCAGAGGCAUUCGUCGGCGGACAGGCUUUCCGUUGCCACCUUUCCCGGUAUGACAAGAAGGCUCACCGUGAAUCACGUAGUUGGGCUUCACGAUUUCCCGGGCCCAAACCUAGUGGUUGGCUUGGGGAGAUCAAGUUCCAAGUGGAGUGGCACGAACCUCGCGUUGCAACUCGACACUUCGUCCAAGAGACUUCUCUGGCCGCUGAGACAGCUGGCAAAUAUCUGCAGAGGAGCAAAAACCCGGUACGGGUACAUCCAAACAGAGCAAGAGAUGGUGGUUUGCUGCUUCAGCAAGGACGGCAAUGAAAAGUGGAAGGUGGCAAUGAUGCCAAUCCCUUGGACCAGAAGCGGCGUCCAUAUGCUCACGACGGACCUUGCUUUGUGGUGGCUUUGCAUGCUCGCAAUGUCGGCCCAUCAUCAUCGCGCUCUUGUUAGCGAGCUAGAGAUGGUCAAGAUCAACGCUUGGAAUUACGUCCCCCUCGGCCAGGGACGCGGCUUGGUGCGUCGCCAUCUAUACUCGAACUUUGAGGAGCCCGUGAGCUUCCCCACGUCUCAGGUUUACAUGCCAGGCAACGGAGCCGCAAACGCGGCGGGUGAGAGCCUUGCCUGGCCGGAGGCGAACGAGUCCCUCAUGGACAGCCUUCUCGGCCUUGGUACUUCCAACGGUGCCCAUGUUCCCGAUUCUGAUCCGCUAGGCUUCGGUCGUACCUUGGGGCAAGGAUUAUCAAACGUGGCUGAUGGAGGAAAAGAAGAAAAUGCUGGCAGAAAGGAGACGAGCGUUUACAGGGCGCCGGAGUUCUGA